ACGUCGCAAGAACAAAGAAAGGAAAAAGAAAAAAAGAAAAGCAAUCUUACGAGGAAGCGUUAGAGCGACGCAGGCAAAGUGAGGAGAUCGUUUCCUAUAAAUUGAAACCACAAAGUGCUCUUUUUUUUUCUUCUUCUUCACACAAACCCUAACCUUGAUUUCUGAAUCUCCUUCAAUCUCUCUUGGACCGUUGCUCCGCUUCCUAACUUUGUUCAAAGUUUGAAAGAUCGAGAUAGAAAGAUGAGAAUUGAUUUUUCUGAGCCAGAGUGCAGAAACUGUUACCAUUGCCGCACUUCAGGCUGGCUCAAUAAUAGCCAAGAAUCUCAACCGCGCAGUGUGAUUGGCUCAUCCGUCACUUCAAUUCCCGUUACUAGUCCCGGACCAGUUCAAGAAGCUCCUGCACAUCAUUCUGUUGCUGUUGGUUCCACCUCAACAUCAACUUCAUCACCAUUCAGCUUUGGAUCUGCUCCUGCUCCUACUUCAACAUCAACAUCAUCACCAUUCAGCUUCGGACCAGUGCAAUCUGUCCCCCCAACUCAGUCUGCCGCAACUAUCGCUAAUGCAUUUGGGUCUCCCUCCUUCCAAGCUCCUGUACUAGCUACUAGUUCUGGUUCUGGUGCAUCUGGAACUUCCACAUCCUCAACUUCAUCUCCAGCUCCUGUUGCCACCACAUCUGUUAGUUUUGGACCAACGCAAUCUCUUGCCCCAGCCACCUUCCAAAGUGGAUCUAUAUUUAAAGCUCCUGUCCAAAUUAAUACUGGUUCUGGUGCAUCUGCCACUUCCACAUCUUCAACUUCAUCUCCACCUCAAAGUUCUUCUUUAUUCGGAUCCGCACCUGCUUUUACAUCGGUUAGUUCUGCUCCCACACCAACUUUAUUAGGGCCAAUUCAAGAUCCCGUCCAAGCUGGUGCAUCUAGCAGUUCCACAAGGUUUGGCAACCCUGCUUUCGCAAGACCUGAUAUUGGUAUCCCGCCAGUAACUUCCUCCUCAACCACUAGACCAGUUUUUGGUGCUUCACCUUUUGGGCAAACGCAACUUUUUGGUGCAUCUAGCACUUCCGCAUUCUCCCGAUUUGGUUGUGUCGCAGCAUCUCCGGCGAGUGGCUCUUCAGCUUUUACUUCUGUUUUUGGAUACACGCCACCAGCACCCUCCUUUUCAAACCGUUUCGGACAAAACCACCGAUCUAUCUUUGAUACACAUACAGAGGGUCUUCAUUCACAGUUUGGCUCCAACUCUGGAGCGAACACUUCUUUUCCCGGAUUUGGUGUUGGUUACUUGCCUGGGACUUCCUCCAACCUAUUAAGCCCAAAUCCACCAAAUUUGGCUGGUCGUUCAGUAGGUGGAGUAGGUCCUCAACCUUUUGGUUUCAAUGGAGCUACUACUGCGUCGCCGAGCUCGCCUUUUUCAUCACCUUCUAUAUUCAGCAGCAAUCCCAAUAUUGGAUCCCAGCCGUUUUUUGCAUCUCAUGGAUGGAGUAACCACACUGAACAAGGUAGUAGAAUUCCUGGUUAUGCGCCUACAGCUACAGAUGAUGGACAAAACAAACCUCUUUGGGAUCUCUCCACUGGAAAAGGCGAAGAAAAAUAUAUUUCCAUAUCUGCUUCCAAGCCGUAUCAACAUAAAAGCCAUGAAGAACUAAGGUGGGAUGAUUACAAGCGAGGAGACAAAGGUGGGUUGUUUCCUGGUGCUCAUACCUCUCCCAUAGGCUCAAGGCCAAACUUUGAUUUUACAACCCUAACUGGUUUUUUCCCUGGUAUGACCCGGUAUCAGAGCUCUAUUUCACCACCAUCCACAACAGUUCCUCCGAUUAACUCGAGUGUUCAGAGACCCCAUGAAACCGCUACUAUUCCUCCUCCAGCACACGGAUGCACUGCAUGUGGAGCAACCAGUAGCUCCUCUGCUUCUGGUAAUUUCACAUUUAAUGGUGCCACAACUCCUCCCUCAGCUGCAACAACUCCUCCCGGGAUGUUCUUUCCUACCACUGGUUUUGGUCCUAUGAUGUUUGGUACACCUCUUUCUGUUCAAGGCACAACUCCUCCAUCAGCUGCAACAACUCCUCCCGGGAUGUUCUUUCCUACCACUGGUUUUGGUCCUAUGAAUUUUGGUACAAAUCUUGCUAUUCAAGGCACUACUCCAGCACUUCAAGCCUAUCCUGUUCAAGGUUACCUUUUUCUCCCGUUCGCCGCCAUGAAUCUGCAGUAAUUUCUUUACUCUCUGAAUCAAAACUCUUUCUUCCAAGUUGUAGGACUAAGUCUCUGUUUCGAUUAAUUAUUAAAAAAAAAAAGAAAAAACAGUUGUUAACUUCAUGACUUUGUGUCUUAGUAAAGAAAGAUAUUGCUAUCGUGGAUGAAAAACAAUAUUAGUUUUACAUAUUUUUCCUCUGAAUUGGUAUAAUACCAAUCAUUAUUUGUACAUAAUUUUGAAUAAAUCAACAAAAAAAAAAGCUAUCUUCCUUGUA